CGCCGAUUGUCUCUGGUCGCUUGCUCUCCACUUUCGUUUUGCUGUCCGGUCUUGUAACCGUCUUUUUGGUCUUUCUUGUUUCUUUCUUAUUUCUUGCGCUUGUAUAUUCUGCAUAUUAUCUCGAAGGAAUAUAAUAUUUUCUCAAUAGAGAUAAAACAGCAGCAACUAUCGUCUGUCAAAUAGAGCUAGAAUAGUUUUAUGUCAUAAGAGAAGAACUACAAUUACGAUACUGCAAGUUUUCUGAAGUUACGGUGAUAGUAGUUAGCUAUCGUUCUGGCUGUGUGUGGACUGCCAAUGGCGUGUGCAGAGACAUCAGAUGACAGAGUAGGAGAGGUCCUGCUGAAUAGAGUGAUGCAGCAGCAGCUGGAUGAGGUGUCAUCAGACGUCCUGGUAGUGGACUCCACAAAAACCCAGGAGGUGGAGAGUGAUCAGGAGCAGAAGAUUGUGUCACAGCUAGCUAUGAUGAUACGGACCAUCGGAGACGCCGUCAAGAAGGACGGGAAGCUGGACGAUGUGAUAGAUGGAAUGGUGGGGAAAAUGACCAGCCAGACCAGCUACUGGCAGUUGGUAGAAAAGGUAUUUGAGGACAGUCAAAUCACCUGGGAGAGAAUUGCUGUGCUGUUUUACGUAGCAGGGAGGAUAGCCGUCAAGAUGGUGAUUGCUAACAUCCCCCAGUUAGUGAAGGACAUUCUGAAGUGGACUCUGGAGUACUUCAGAAGCAAAUUACUGGAUUGGAUCCAGAAACAUGGAGGAUGGAUGAACAGUUUUGCUGAGCUGGCACGUGUGCAGGUGGAGAAGAUGUCCCCUAUGAACACCUGGUCCUCAGCGUUCAUCCUGGUCUUCAUCGGUGCCAUACUGGGUAGUGUUAUCACCUGGAAACUGGCCAGGAGGACCUAACACACACACACACAGUUCCACUCCGGUUGAAACGCAAUUGUGUGACAUGGGCGUGCACACACACACAAAUACAUUUGUUUACGUAGUCUAUGUAAUAUUAGUUACCUACCUUCUGGUUUGCUCAGGAUAAAUAAGAUGACCAGAUGCUGCUGAAAGUGGUGUUGGAGAGCCAGUAGAGCCAAUCUUUUCUCUGGUAAAAAAAAAAAAAGAAGAAAAAAAAGAGAUCCCAGUGCAAAGAUUGGGGACAUUCCCCCGUGUAGGGUGCUGUCUUUUGGAUUGGACAUUAAAACAUGUCCUGACUCUCUGUGGUCAGUAAAGAUCCCAUGGCACAUAUUGUAAGAGUAGGGGUGUUAACCCUGGUGUCCUGGCUAAAUUCCCAAUCUGGCCCUCGUACCAUCACGGUCACCUAAUCAUCCCCAGUUUGCAAUUGGCUCAUUUAUCCCCUCUCCCCUGUAACUGUUCCCCAGGUGGUUGCUGUAAAUGAGAAUGUGUUCUCAGUCAAACUUACCUGGUAAAAUAAGGCUUAAAUAAAAUGAAACUCCUUUUUAUCGGUGCCUUCAAAAAGUUAUUACACCCCCUGGACUUUUUCCACAUUUAAUACAUUUUUUUUGUCAAUGAUCUACACAAAAUACUCUAUACAUCUCUGCACUUAGCAAAAUAGUGUCAUCUGCACUGCUAUUUUAGUCAUCAGUUAAUCUGACUUUUCUCUCAUUGAUUUAAUUGACUUAUUUCAGUAAUUUUAGGGGUUUCUGUGUAGUUGUCUAAUGUUAGUGUGGCAAAUUAUUCUGUUUUAAACACCAUUAUUGCACACACAAUGAGUCCAUGCAACUUAUCAUGAGACUUGUUAAGCACAACUUAUUUAGGCUUGCAAUAACAAAGGGGUUGAAUACUUAUUGACUCGACAUUUCAGCUUUUCAUUUUUUAUUACUUAGUAUUAAAAAAAUCUAAAAGCAUAAUUCCACUUUUGAAAUUAUGGGGUAUUGUGUGUGGAUCAGUGACACAAAAUCUCAAAGUAAUCCAUUUUUAAAUUCAGGCUGUAUCACAAAGGAGUGUGAAUACGUUCUGAAGGCACUGUAUAUAUUGACCUACGGUAAUGAAACCAAAGUGUUGGGGCAGAGCUCAGUACAUUUUGUCUCACUACCCUUACGGGGAAAAAAUACAUGAAUUUCACGUGAUCACGUGUUUAACAUGUGAUCUUAUGGGAAGUUAAUGUGAUAACAUGUGACUACAUGUUAAAGCAACACGUGAUAUGAAAUUGCAAAAUAUCAACAAGUGAUACUAUGAAACUACACCUCCACAACAUUUGAAAGUCUUUCACAUGUGAAACUGCAAUUCACAUGUGAGGUGAAAACAUAUUCUCACAUAUGAAAGGGUGGUGUGAACUCUAUAUUGAAUACAUGUGAACAAUUGGUUUCACAUGAGAACAACUGAGCUCGCAUAUCUGUUUUGUUUUCAAAUGUGAAAAUUUCAGCUCAACAUGUGAACAGUUAUUUCACGUGUAAAUAUGAUUUCAAAUGUGAUUUUCAAAUGUGAAACUGCAAUAACAAAAAUUUAUAUCAUAUGAAGUGUUCCAAAACCACAUGUGAAAUAAAAUGUUACAUGUGCAAAAUGUGGAAAUUUCACAUGUGAAAUCAUGUGUUUUUGUCCUUACGGGUAUAUCAUCAUGUUUGUUGGUAUCCUGCUAGACCAGGGUAUCUGUGCCUGAAAUGAGAAACCAGUGUAAUGAGAAACGAGUGUAAGCAUAACAGACAGCCAAGCAUCAUGUUAUGCGAUUGGUUUUAACAGAAAGGUCAUUUUUCAAUACAAUAUUAUACAGAAAUAA